GCUGUCGAGAAGUCAUGGCGAAAACAAACUUCCGUGAUGCUGAGGAUCUGGUUGUUUACAUUCCGUCACACGAAGAGAAUGUCAGUAUCGAUUUGUUGAACUAUUCUUGAAUGUAAUAGCUCAGUCGUUACUUGAAUAUACAUGGUGACAGCAGAGAGGUGUGUAAAUGACAGUUUGUCUCUGACGUGUGUUCUCACCUGUAAGAUAAUUGGAACAAUCCAGAAACCAUGGGCUCCAGUACUCUACCCUUUAGAAAGUUCUUGAAGAAAAGAACAAAACUUUUGCAAGUCCAAGAUGGCCGAUGUCGGCUCGAUGAACAUUGAAGAAGGCCAAACUUUGCAGAGACCACCUAGCUUAUCCCUCGACCCCAACAACACAAGCAGCAUGGACGCAGACCCCUACGACGACGCAUCAAGUAGCGGCGUUUACACACUUGACGACAUCGACAUUGGCGAGACAAGCACUGAUGACAUCAACGUCGGGGAAACAAGCCUGGAUGAUGUUUACAGCGACUGCGUCACAACGUUGUUGGAAGCUGUUCCUGACGCCGACUUCGAGAGGAGUAUAGAGAGCUCGGUCAACACAAUAGUAGAUGUUACAGAAGUGAGUAAUAUCCCCUUGAACAAUAACACAAAGGUUGAGGGGAAGUCUCCUGAUGGGCAAGCUCCUCCAGCGGUUUAUUUCGAGCUGGAGACAGUGAGUGACAGGCAGGACAGUGUUAUAACACCAGACAUGCAGCCCUCUGUACAAGAAAUCACUCAGGCGUUCGAAGCCCUGAGUGGAGAUCACCUGGUCCAAGGCUUAAAGAAACAGAGCUUUGAUGAUGAUUUCACACCUGUACUCCAUGAUAUUCCCCCAUCCGAGAACCCGUUUGAAGGAUUCGAGGUCGUUGACGAUACUGCACCAGUGUACGAGCAAGGGAAACCGAAAUCAGGGGAGACAACUGAUACUGUCGGCGACCAAACCGUUGGUGUUUCGCUAUCGGGUACAGGAGAAGCUAAUGGUGAGAUAUCAGAGAGGAUAUUGUCUGAACCGAUUUAUGACGUUGUGCCGUCUCGGGAUUCAUCUGAGAGAGGCUCAGGUCAUUCAUAUAUGAGUCUGUUGCCCGAAGAACCAAUAUACGAAGUUGUGUGUCUUGACACAACUGCUAACGGUCAGACUGGGUCAAAGGUGAAAGGUCAAGGACAGUGUAAAGGUGUUAGUCAUGGCAACAUACCAGCUCCACCCCCAGGCCUUGGUAGUGUUUAUUCGGUUGCAAAGGGAGCAGUAGACAAAUCUCAAAAUCAAACAAACUUGCCGUCAAAUUUAGCCAAGGGUGCAGCAACGAGCAGCAUGUAUGACAUGGCUAAGCCGAUUCCUGCUGGGUUUGCUGCUGAGAGUGUCUUGACCCGCGACGACUUCAUGGUUCGGUCGCACCCGCCUGGGUUUGUGUCCUGUAAGCAGGGUUCAGGACGGCCGUUCUCGGUCCACUUCUUGGAGAAUGCCGGUGCAGCUCGGAAGGGCUUGAAGACACCGCCUAAAGCGUUAGAGGAUGGAGAUUAUGAUAGGCUGAAAUUCCGGAGAUUCAAUUCCAAAAAAUUGAAGAGUCGUAGUCAAUUCUACAUUGGAUAUAACGGGGAAGAUGACAUGGUGCCUGAAGACUUUCCUCCACAAGACGUAUCCCCGGAACCCGAGCCGGUGGUGUCCCAGGACCAGCUGUACGAGUCCAUCAGCUCAUCCCACCUCUCUGAGGAUGGAUGGGGGUCCUCCGAGUUCGAGGAAUCUGGGGAAGACGAAGUCUUGGAGCAGGCUCCGGCAAAACCUCUACCCCCAGAACCAAAACAGAGUGCCAAAAUUAUCAACCGGAUUCGAAGUUUGGCGAGGAAAAAUAAUGUUAACAUGGAUGAGGAGAUGCGAUGCUUUCCUGUGGACCUCAACCCAUCAAAACACCCACCUCCAGAGUUACCUCCCCCUCCUGAUGACCUUUCUGAAAGUCAGAAAAAAAGGCGAUGUGUCGUGGAUUUGACUAUAUCAAGCGAGAAGUCCUACAUCAAUGCUUUGGAGAGAAUAACUGAGGAUUACAUGAAGGUGGUGAUGGAGAACAUCGCAUCGCCACGAAGUCACGUGAAGAUGGUGUUUGCUGAGGCGGAGCAGAUCCUGAGCCACCACAAGAUGUUCCAGAUUGAACUGGCCGACCGGGUCCGGAAGUGGGACCAGGAGGGGAAGAUCGGAGACAUCUUCACAGCAUCGUUCUCCAAGACGAUGUUGCUCAACUCCUACAGCGUGUACGUCAACAGCUUCGCCGCAGCGAUGGAGGAGAUCAAGACAGUGCAGAGGACGAAACAGACCUUCUCCGACUUCCUGAGGGCGAAGGAGUCUAGCAGCAGCGACCGGCUGUCCAUAUUUGGGCUGAUGGUGAAGCCAGUGCAGAGAUUCCCACAAUUCAUCAUGUUGCUGCAGGAUUUACUGAAAUACACGCCACAAACCCACCACGACCGAGGGGCUCUGCAGCUGGCCCUGACAGAACUCGAGAACGUCACGCACAAACUGAACGAGCGAAAACGUCACAGCGAACAGCAGUUUGCAGCCCGGCAGAUCACCAGUCAGUUGUCACGGCAACUUGUGAUGAAGGUGACAGAGAGUCCGCGAAGACUACUGCGACAGGAUGACAUGGAGCAAGUGGUUGGGGAAACAGCCUCCAUGAAGUCCAAGAAGGUCCGAGUGUUCCUGAUGAAUGAUACUGUCCUGUUCGUCAAGGUUGGAUUUAAAGAUCAAGGUGGCUACCCCACUGAGCGAUAUCGGCUUAAGUGGAUGGCCAACAUCCGAGACGUGGAGGUGAAGGAUUCUGCCAUUACCCCGGACAUGGAGAGUGUGGUGAAAGGGGGCCCAGGGAAGAUGAGCAUCUACUCCACACAGAUAGAUAAGCCUGAGGAAGACCCCUUCCACCUGUUCGCGGAUCUAAACGAGAUGCUGCACGACUUCCCCGUCUUGACCCAAAUCAGUGCCCUGGUUUCCACACUCAAACGUAGCUACAUGGGCCUGACGGAGGAGCUGACACAGGAACUCAGACGAGACCUGCAGAGACUCAUCCACAUCAAAGAUGAACAGCUGCGAUUGGUCAAUAGUUGCUCUAUCAUCCUCUCUGACUACACCAAAAAUGAGAAGAUACGGUACGUUCUUCAGACCCCAACAGCGUCGAUCAAACAUGAGUGGUGCAUGGACUUCCUAAUUGCUAAACUAGCAACAGAUAAGCAGAACAACCCGGGCUGGGGGGACAUGGGUAACGAGGAGGACGAGGAUCUUCCGCCAGCCUUCUUCAUGCGCUGCCUCCCAGUCGACGUCCCCCGCAACUACACCAAGAUGAUGUGCGCCAUCCCGGUGUUCAUGACGUCCAGUUCCGGCACCCGGCUCGGCAUCCAGCACCUGUGGGUGGUUACCACGACUGCCACCAGAGGGCAGGUCUCCAUCAUCUCCAUACACAACUCCAAGCCUAGCCUCACCGAGAGCUUCAAGGCGGCAGACGUCGAGGUGACCUGCACGGAGCACAUCCCAGGAUAUGCUAAAGAUGUGAAGGAAUAUGCAUAUGAAGAGGAUUGUGUCUGGCUGGGAACUAUUGACAAUGAGAUUCUCAUCUUCCCGCUGACCAGUUCGGACGGGAUGCGACGUGAAGCCGUGGCAAAGUUCACCUUGCCAGCAGCGCCAGUGUCCAUGAAGUACGUGGACGAGCGGAUCUUCUGCGGACUGGUCAAUGGGUCCGUGGCAGUCUUCUCCAGGGAUAAGGAUGGCGCUUGGAACGUGAAUUCCCCUCACUCCUUAAAUCUGUCCAACACCAUCAUCUCCUGCAUGAAGGUCAUUGACGAUGACCUCUGGGUUGCCUUGACAACCAAGAUCCUUGUCCUGGAAAUUGACAGCUUGAAAGAAAGGACAACACACGAUCUGUCCUCUGAGUCCGAGGAACUGAUCAUCCACGAGUUCACCACAUCUGGCGUGGGGAUCUGGGUGUCGUUCAAGGACUCGGCCAAGCUACGUCUGUACCACACUGAGACCCUAGAGAACCUCCAGGAAAUCAACAUAGCGUCUGCCGUCAACAGACUGCUGGAAGAGAGGAAGAGCAAGGUCAUCAAUGGCGACCAGUUGGAUGGCUACAGCAGCUGUGUCAUCACGAGUUUGUCCGCGAGCAAGGGUCUGCUUUGGAUAGGGACCAAUCACGGCUUUGUUCUCACACUCCCUCUACCUCGAUUGAAAGAUGGUGUCCCAUUGGCUAGUGGUCGGCCCAAAAUAUCGCUCCACUCUCACCGUGGACCUGUCAAGUUUCUGAUUCCUAUCUAUUACUCUAGCAGUGUGGCUGAACUAAACCGGAACAGUUCCUUGUGGUCCUCCCUCCGGCCAAAGCGUCCCAGUCUCAAUGACAGGGCAACUGUGGUCAAUCAAAACAAAACUGAAGGGAUUACCUCCCCUGUCAGUGACAGUGGAACAGAUGGAGUUAUCUCCCCUGAUGGGAAGUCUCAUUCAGAGACUUGGCAGGCAGAAAUUGAUAAGCUGUCAGCGAUUAGUGAAAAUACUGGUGAAUCACCUGUGAUUGGUCAGACUGAAACAGCCUCAGAAUCGAAUUCUGUUCUUCAACCAAUAGCUGAAGUAGACACGUCAAAUUCAAAUGAUAAGUCAAAUUCUGCAAAGACACCCCAGAGUGCUAGAAGGAGGAAAAGUGUCAAAGACAGUGAAAGUCUGAAGAAAGAUAAACCAAAGAGAUUGAAAUCAAAAACUCUCUCAUUCAGGAGUGAACUCGCCAACAAGAUUGCAAAACGAAAUUUUGAAAGUUCCGACUCCGAGUUGGCGGACGAAGAGGAAGAUGAAGUACGUUUGUUGUAUGAGAACUUGAUGGAGACUGACGAUGACAUGGAACAAGAAAAUGAGGAUGAUAGUUUCCAAGAUGCGAUCUCCUCGUUUGAAGAGCUUCCAAGUGAUUUGGGUUCACCAGAAAAUGCUUUGUCGGCACGGAAGGAUGGUCAGACUGUCAAAUGGGGGUCGGAGGUGAGACUUAGAGCAACAAGUGCGUCCGUGAGAAGUCGGCAUGGAACACUGCAUCGUGGGGGGUCUACCCAGGCACACAAGACAGCCACAAUGAGAAAGAAUCCGUGCAAUGCUGUGAUCGUUGUGGGAGGCGGGGAUGGCUAUGUAGACUGGAACAAAACAACCAAACAGAGGACGUCUGAGGAUGCAAGUCUCUUGUUAUGGAUUUAUAAGCUCUAGCUGUACUUGUUCUGGUGUCUGAAAUGGCAUGUUGAAUCGAGAACAUUAUUUUUGAAAAUUUCCUGUGCUGACGUGAUUGAUUGUAAACUGAACAAGCACGUCAGAGAUUUGUUUAGUGACUAGCCAUGUACAUUUUUGAAUAUUUCAUUGUCAGCCAUACAAGAAAACAUAUCAGUAACACAAUUUCUUUGUAUGUCUGCUUUAUAAUAUUUUAUUAAUUUAGUGCCAUUUCUAUUUUCUUUGAAUUAUCACUGCAUUUUCAGUGCUAUAUGAUGAAAUAUUUGUUAGUCCCAAAUUCCUUUAUUGUGUGGUUUGAGGUACUUUUGGUGAAAACUCCUGGUAAGGUAUGGUUAAAAAUUAGAACAAUAAUGACAGUUGCGAUUUGGGGUCUGUUUUGCAAAAUGUUUUCAGAAUAUCUUUGUGAACAUCUGAAGUUCGUCUCAGACGUUUGCAGUUUACCUUGUGGUAUGAAGAUUUUGUGUUGGUCAGCACUUAGCAGAUUUCAUAUUUAAAUCAUAAUUUUUGAAUGAUGAUGUAAGUUUACAUUUUGUCUCAAAACCACAACUAGAACAUGACUGUAGAUUAAUGAACAACUCAAUGAUCUUGAUUAUUCACUAUUUGCAUUGUUUUUAAAACUCUUUCAGAUUUAUACAUUGUUACUAUGGUAACCAGUGCUGAUGUUAUGCUUUGUUACCAAGGUUACCAGUGCUGUUGUUAUGUUUUUUGAUCAUUCUAAAUGGGGAAUGUAUGUUGACCGAGGUUUGUUUUCCUCGUUUUGGUUAACAAUCAUUUUAGAUUAUUCUUGUAUACAAUAUUUGAAGAAUUUAUUUUGAAAUGUAAUUUUGAAAUACAUGGUAUGCCUCUUUGCAGUGUUGAAUGAUAAAUUUAGGUAAUUCGUACGAAAAUUGUCCUGAAUUCUGUGCAAGACUUCCAGUUUGUUAUUUCUCAUGUUAUGUUCUGAUGAUGUGAGCAGAGAAAGUACAAGGGGUUUGACCUGUUAAGAUCCGGGGUAGAAUAGGUCUUUAGCAACCCAUGCUGGCCGUAAAAGGCGACUGUGCUUGUCGUAAGAGGCGACUAACGGGAUCGGGUGGUCAGGAUCGCUGACUUGGUUGAUGCAUGUCAUCGUAUCCCAAUUGU